UCUGUGUUAAAAAUUUAUGCAUUAAAUAUUAAUUACUUUGCUCUCCAAAGAAAACGACCGCUAUUGUAGCAAAAUCUACUUUUCUGGAUUUUUCCAGUCUUUAUUUCUUCAAGAUAAGCAUCAAAUCCGCCCACAAAUGUACGGUGGGUAGCUCCACUUCUUCAAACUGUGCGAGGAAGUCUUUUACCUUGCUUCUCCGCGCUGGUCUUUUAAAACUGUACGUGUCAUAAAAAAAAAUUCGCGGUUGAGCCUUGAUGUGGUUAAAAUUUUUCGCAGCAGGAUAGAACACUAUACAAGACCUGAUUUAUUCAGAUGACAACAAGUAAGACGCGUUUUAGUGACUCACAAAAGCUUCGUGAGUAUCUCUCACUUGUCGGUGUAAGUGUAGUGUGCUUUCUGAAAAGAAUUGAGUUUUGGUUUCGCUUAAGUCACCCAAUGCGAGACUAACUUUUGAACCUUCGAAAUUCUCAACUCGUCUGUGGUUAUUGUUUCUCGUUUUCUGGCUGUUUUUCUUUCUUACCGACACCCUCUUCUCAAUUUUAUUGCAGAUAAGUCUUUCGAAGUCGGCUCAUCCGAUGGGCGUGUUUUCGCAUCCAGAGCUGCGAAUCUCCUCCUCGCGUGGGCUCAAAAAUAUGAAGCGACGACAAUAAAGUUUCCCAACCACUAUUCAAAACACAAAGACGAUAAAAAUUCGUUCAUCUGUGCUUCACGCACUCGAAGACUGGUCGUAAAUUAACCCACAGUAAUGCAUGCGCUCUCAGUGGCCGCAUCGUCACGAGCUUCCGGUUAUGAUGGAGACCGCUAUGGCAGAAUUGAAAAUUGGUUGGAACCCUGUGGUCCACAAUCAGUCACAACAGCGGAUACAGGAAUAAGAAUUCGCAUCAACGUCCGGGGACUUGUUUUCGAAACCUAUGAACAAACUCUGGCCCAGUACCCUCAAACAUUGCUCGGUUCGCCAAGCAAGCGGAGGGAAUAUUACAACACUCUGAGCAAGGAAUACUGUUUUGAUCGUGAUAAAGUUGUGUUUGAUGCCAUACUGUUUUUCUAUCAAUCCUGUGGAAUUUUAUCAUGUCCCGAGCACGUUCCACGGGAAAGUUUUUUAGAGGAAAUCAAAUUUUUCCAGCUUCAUCAAGCGGACUUGAGGUACAAGCAGGAAAUUGAACCUGAGAAGGUGAAAGAUGUUGAAGAGGAGAUGCCCGAACAUCCGAUUCAGCGAAAAAUUUGGAGGCUUCUAGAAUACCCUCACACCUCCAUUUGGGCGGAUUUGCUGGCAAAAUUCAGUUUACUUGUGAUAAUAUUAUCAACGAUAACAUUUUGUAUUGAGACUAUCCCGAGGUUUAAUCGGCGCACUGUUUGUCGUGAUGUCACUUCGAGCUCCUUACACAACAAUACCAACGGUCAUAUAUUGUCACGUGACCUCUACAACACUUCGCUGGGCGAUAAUCACAUCAACCUGACAGAGACACACUGUACUGUUAUAGAACGUGGUACCUAUUGGUCAACGAUCGAGACUGUCUACGUAGCAUGGUUUACGUUUGAAUAUGUUUUGCGACUUAUUGCUGCUCCAAAUCGAAUCAAAUUUAUGACUUCCGCCUUGGGUUUAGUUGACUUUUUAGCCAUUUUGCCAUUUUAUAUCACUCUUAUCUUCGAAGCGGAUGGUGUCUUGAUGACGUCAUUUCCGGUUUUAAGGAUAAUUCGCCUCAUUAGAGUGUUACGAGUCCUGAAGCUUUCUCGCUACAGCAAAGGCUUGAAAGUUCUCGCUCAAACAUUAGUUAUGAGUGGAAAAGACCUACCGUCGCUAUUAGCAGUUAUGAUUAUUAAUGUGAUCCUCUUCUCCAGCGUCAUUUACUAUGUUGAGAAUGACGUGAAAGACAAUGACUUUGAUAGUAUACCAGACGCCUUUUGGUGGACGAUAGUCACCAUGACCGCAGUGGGUUAUGGGGACAAGGUACCGAAAGGUGCUCUGGGUAAAUUAAUUGGAGCCAUCUGUGCUGUAUCCGGGAUAGUUGUUCUGUUUUGUUUCCCCACCCCUGUCCUGCUGUCACACUUUGAGGAGAUGUACAAGCUAAAGGGAAGUAGUCCGGCGAACAAACAGAAAGGGAAGGAAAAGCAAAACAAUGGGAAACAGGAGGAUGAAAGCAAAAUGAAAGACACUGAAGUCACUCUGUUGGGAGAAGGAGAAAGAAUUGAGAUUUACGUUUAAUUUUUAUAUCCAAAUUGUUUAGGUAUGGUUUCUCUAGACCCCUGAAAAAGGUGCAAAGUUUUCAGAGGCGAAAGUUAAGAAUCACAGUUUUGUUAGAAAAAGUAACGAUAUAAAUGAUAAUAAAAAAGAAUCUCAUCCCUUACCCAGCUUUCCCUCGGUUUUAUGUAAAAUUUCACAGACAAUGAAAAGAUGUAGGUACAAGAUAUAACAGGAUCCGUAGCUAAAAGACGAAGACUAGCUGUGUAGCAGUCGAAACGUUGUAAUCAAUAGAGUUGAUAGCCUGACUCUAUAUCGCGAGGCAUACGAUUUACGUUCAAUUAUAAAAGACUUUCACAGAGCAAAAAGAGUCACAAAGAUUUUGAUUAAAACUG